UGGAUUUGGAAAUGGGGAAACUUACACUCAUAGCAGGCUUGGGCUUGGUGUUCUGCCAUGUUGCCUUUUCCACGGAAUUUGCCUGCUACUUUACAAACUGGUCUCAGUACAGACCUGGAAUUGGGAAGUAUACGCCCACAAAUGUCGACCCCUUCCUUUGCACGCACCUUAUCUAUGCUUUCUCAAUCAUCAACUAUUCCAACGAGCUUGUCACUUAUGAGUGGAAUGACGAGACUCUCUACAAGUCUUUUAAUAACCUCAAGAACACAAAUCCCCAUCUUAAGACUCUUUUAGCUGUUGGUGGGUGGAACUUUGGUUCAACACAGUUCACCAUCAUGGUGUCCACUCCAGCAAACCGUCAGAAGUUCAUCAAGUCUUCCAUCUCGUUCUUGAGAACUCAUGGAUUUGAUGGUCUUGACUUGGAUUGGGAGUACCCUGGAUCAAGAGGCAGUCCUCCCGAAGACAAACAAAGAUUCACACUGCUGUGCAAGGAACUUACUGAGGCCUAUGAGGCCGAGGGUUUAGCUACUGGCAGACCUAAACUAAUGCUUACUGCUGCAGUAGCAGCUGGCAAAGAUACAAUUGAUGCUGGAUACGAGAUUGCAGAGAUUGCCAAGUACCUGGACUUUAUCAAUAUCAUGACUUAUGACUUCCACGGAACUUGGGAAAGAUUCACAGGACACAACAGCCCUCUGUAUCAGGGGUCUAAAGAUGAGGGAGACCUGAUCUACUUCAAUACUGACUUUGCCAUGAGCUAUUGGAGGGACAAUGGCACCCCUGUAGAGAAACUCAGAAUGGGUUUCGCAACAUACGGUCGCACUUUCCGUCUGACGACUUCAGAAACUGGAGUUGGAGCCCCAGCUAGUGGACCUGCUGCAGCAGGAUCCUACACUCGUGAGGCCGGAUUCUGGGCUUACUAUGAGAUCUGUGGCUUCCUUGAGGGAACAAAAAUCCAGUGGAUUGAUGAUCAAAAGGUACCUUAUGCCACAAAAAACAAUGAGUGGGUUGGAUUUGACACCAAGGAGAGCUAUGACACUAAGGUCCGUUAUCUGAAAGAAAAGAAAUUUGGAGGAGCCUUUGUGUGGGCCCUUGAUCUGGAUGACUUUGCUGGACAAUUUUGUGGAGAGGGGAACCAUCCUCUCAUGGGUCAUCUGCGCAAUCUUCUGGAUAUUGAUUUCCCUAUCAUGUCUACAUCUACCACUCUCAGACCUAACAUAACAUCCACAGGAACCACCAGGUCAACUACCACAACCACCACUCAUGCCCCAGGACCAGGAUUCUGCAAUGGAAAGCCAGAUGGACUUUACCCCCACCCUGAUGAUCCCCAGAAGUUUUAUAACUGUGCUGGAGGCAACACUUUCAUGAGUUCCUGUGCUGAGGGCACAGUGUUUGAUAAAAGCUGUAGUUGCUGCAGUUGGCCCAAACACUAAGGAAUCAUCGCUAAUGUACAACUAAUGACAAACCAUCUACGGACUCUGAAACAGGAUGCUGCAAAUUUGCAUACGCACACAAAUGUAACUUUAUGAAGGAACAAUAGUGUGACUGCAAAUUAUUCCUUACUGUGCUCUGACUUCUUUCUGUUUGAGUGUAUAUUGAAUGUGU